AUGGCCAAGGUCUAUCUGAAUACAGACAUGAUUAACCAUUUGAAUUCUACGGUUCAGGCUUACUUCAAUCUAUGGUUGGAAAAGCAGAACGCAAUACUGCGUUUUCAACCUCAAAUUAUUCAAGAUAACCAAAAACUUAUUGGCAUUACAACCUUGGUUGCCAGUAUUUUCACUCUGUAUGUCUUCGUCAAGAUAAUUUUCACCCCAGCAAAGUGCUCCUCAUCCUGUAAACCAGUCAAGUUCUCCAUUCCCACACCGGAACCUGCUCAAAAUAACUGGAAGGGCAAAAGAUCCGUAUCCACCAGCACAUGGAACCCUGACGAACCAAACUCCAUUCAAUGCCAUUGUCCCGCAACAGGCCAAUAUCUUGGUUCUUUCCCAUCAAAGACAACAGCAGAGAUAGAUGAAAUGGUCUCAAAGGCAAAGAGAGCCCAAUCUACUUGGGGUCGUUCUGACUUCUCACGAAGAUUGAGAGUCCUAGCAUCUUUGCACGAUUACAUCAUAAACAAUCAAGACCUUAUCGCAAGAGUAGCGUGUAGAGACUCAGGGAAGACAAUGCUGGACGCUUCCAUGGGUGAGAUCUUGGUCACUUUAGAAAAAAUUCAAUGGACUAUCAAAUACGGCCAAAGAGCGUUACAAACUUCAAGACGUCCCGGUCCAACUAACUUCUUUAUGAAAUGGUACAAGGGUGCCGAAAUCCGUUAUGAAUCAUUGGGUGUGAUCAGCUCCAUUGUUUCAUGGAACUAUCCGUUCCACAAUUUGUUAGGUCCCAUUAUCGCCGCCCUUUUCACUGGGAACGCCAUUGUGGUGAAGUGCUCUGAGCAGGUUGUCUGGUCUUCUGAAUUUUUCGUCGAAUUGACCCGCAAAUGCCUGGAGGCUUGUGAGGAAGACCCGAAUUUGGUCCAGCUAUGCUACUGUUUACCUCCCACAGAGAAUGACGAUUCCGCAAAUUAUUUCACCUCUCAUCCAGGUUUCAAACAUAUCACUUUUAUUGGUAGUCAACCCGUUGCUCAUUAUAUUCUAAAAUGUGCUGCCAAAUCAUUGACCCCCGUAGUGGUAGAGCUUGGCGGCAAGGAUGCCUUUAUUGUCCUGGAUUCAGCCAAGAACUUGAAUGCUUUGUCUUCUAUUAUCAUGAGGGGCACUUUCCAAUCAUCGGGACAGAAUUGUAUCGGUAUUGAAAGAGUCAUUGUCAGUAAGGAAAACUAUGGUGAUUUAGUCAAGAUCUUAAACGAUCGCAUGACAGCAAAUCCAUUACGCCAAGGCUCUGAUAUUGACCAUUUGGAGAGCGUCGAUAUGGGUGCAAUGAUAUCCGAUAACAGAUUUGAUGAGCUGGAAGCCUUGGUUAAAGAUGCUGUGGCAAAGGGUGCACGUUUACUCCAUGGUGGUUCUCGUUUCAAACAUCCAAAAUAUCCUCAAGGUCAUUAUUUCCAACCAACUCUUUUGGUAGAUGUGACUUCAGAAAUGAAAAUUGCACAAAACGAAGUGUUUGGUCCGAUUUUAGUCAUGAUGAAAGCUAAAGAUACUGACCACUGUGUCCAGUUGGCCAACUCCGCGCCAUUUGGUCUAGGUGGCUCUGUAUUUGGUUCAGACAUCAAAGAAUGUAAUUAUGUGGCAAAUAGCUUACAAACUGGUAAUGUCGCCAUUAAUGAUUUUGCCACAUUCUAUGUUUGUCAACUACCAUUUGGUGGUAUCAAUGGUUCCGGCUAUGGUAAAUUUGGUGGUGAAGAGGGUCUAUUGGGUCUAUGCAAUGCCAAAAGUGUUUGUUUUGACACUUUGCCAUUUGUUUCCACUCAAAUUCCAAAACCAUUAGAUUAUCCUAUCCGGAACAAUGCUAAGGCCUGGAAUUUUGUGAAAAGCUUCAUUGUAGGUGCCUACACAAACUCUACUUGGCAAAGAAUAAAGUCACUCCUUUCAUUAGCUAAAGAAGCCAGUUGA